CUGUAAAAAACUUAGAUAGUCAAAUCAAAAUUCUUGAGUCUUAACAAUCAAUUGUGACAAAAACUAAAUUCGCCUUGCCCGUGUAACAUUGGCCAGGAAGUUGCUGUUAACUGACCCAACUGAUCUCAAAUCAAAAUGCUAAGGAGCCAGCCUAUUGGCCAAUGUCAGCCAUACAACCUACGCUAUCUGCCAGCAUCGCUGACAUCCCGUCGAGCGGUGUCAGCGCCAUCGGUGAGCGUUGACAUGCCCUUGACAUGCGAUGCCGCAGAGCUGAGGCGCAAUGGCCUGGACAUGCAGAUAGGACUGACUACACCAACAUCAACCAAAGCACCACCGACUAAAGUAAAACGUUUGGCAACAACCACCGCUACUGCGCCACUGGUUAUUGAUAGAAAUCCAUUGGUGAAUAUUUUGAAAAAUCCCGCGCUGAAGACAACAGCAGUGGUGCCCACAACCACAAUAUCAGUGAGGGUGGAACCCAAACGCAUGUCUGGGUUCGAGCGCAUGACUGAACCUAAGGUUGUGGAUAUGGGAAAGUCUCCAAAGUGGUUAGCCGGUAAACAGAGACAGGAACAGCAAGGCCCUUCAACGGAUGGUGAUCGAGCCUUUUUAACGCCAGCUAGCACCGAGAGGCUACAUCUGAAGGGCCUAUUACCAGAGCUGGGCUGGGCCCAUGAAUUGCGCCUGGCCGUGCACACGGGCGGCGGUUCCAUCAAUUUACAAGAGAAUGCUCUGCUGCGCACCAAAGUCUCCGAGUUCCAGCGUUUGAAACGCUUAACCAGCAAUCUCAUACAUCGCAUAUUACGCGAAUGUGAAUACUACGAGCGCGAGCAUGCGACGUAUGUGAUAUAUUUGGAUUUUUGCCACCAUGAGGCCUCAUUGGUCUGCACAAUACGCACCGAUAAUUUCCUGCGGUUCAAACGCAAGUUGAGCGCCACCUUGCGUCGCUAUAACGCCCGAUUCCAUUAUCCCGGCGAUGUAUUCGAAGAACUGGGCCUCAUCGAGGUUAUAGUCUCGUAUCAAUUGACUGUCGAAUUUAAGGACUUUAUACGAGUGCUAACUUAUGAUGUCGCCAGAUGUGGUGCCCUAGGCUUCGAUAUUGUAGACUACUCCAUGGGGAAAGUGCUUUUCAAGUGCAAAACAGCAGAUAUGAAAACAAUGGCCGCCGACUUGAAGUCACGCGGCUAUAAGGUUCUACAACUGGAGAGAGGUUUCCAGGCUAAGCAGUACAUAAGCCUGGCGCAGCGCCAUUUGCGUCGCUAUCGGGAAUUUUUGGACGCGCUGCGUGAUCAACCAGACAUUGUGCAUAUCUACGAUAAUGUGAGGCAGGCGGGGACGACAGAAUUGGAAAGGCCAUUGGAGCGUCUGUCGCUCAAGUGAGGACGACAGCGCCGAAACCUAUAGAAGUGACAACACAUAAAUGCCAGAGUGUCCAUCUAGAGAUGGGCGCGUGACUAAAUUUUGGUUCUCAAAAUAUAUUUACGAUCAGAACUUAAAAUUAUGUACCGUUUUCCGAUAUUCAGAAAUUUUUUAAAACAUGUUUAGAAGGUUUUUCAAUAUAAACAUAAUUGUUGAAAA